AUGAACGAUAAUUACAAUGGAUUAGGACGCCGUAAAGAAGCAAACGCAAGAGUUUAUUUAAAAGAAGGUACCGGGCAAGCCCGGAUCAGAACCAGCAACGGAAAAGAAAAGAGUCUUCACGAUUAUUUUUAUAUGGAACCUUCUCUUUGCGAGGAUAUCCUUCGGCCGCUCAAAUUGUUUAACAAGGAAAAUGAUUUUGACUUUUUUGCUCGAGUAAAAGGUAGCGGUUCGCAAAGUCAAGCCGGGGCAAUUAGAUUAGCAUUGGCUCGGGCGCUAUUAAAAGUUUCCCCAGAGUAUAAAAUUACUUUGAAAAAUUUUUCUCUGCUAACGCGAGACCCCCGGAGAGUAUGGAGAAAAGUGGACGAAAUCCAAAACUUUAACAUAAACAUUAAUGAAAUUGAUUUAAGAGGCAAAAAUAUUGAUAAACUUCAUUCUCUCAUUGCUAAUUGUAUUGAAAAAGAUCAAGAUUUAACCUUAAAAUUUCGUUCUCCUAAUAAGGCUUAUUUUGAAAAAAACCUUUUUGAUAAUACUUUGGUUAUCCCAGAAAAUAUUCUACAAGAGGAUUUGACCACUCAAAACCAAAACCCCAAUUCUUCUCUUGAAGCAACUCCGAGAAAGUUAGAAGAGACAGUUUUAAGAGAAGAGGGGAUAAAAGAAAAAUAUAUCCAAAAUCUUUUUAAAGAAAAUUUAGCAGAAAUUUUUGAUUUGACAUAUUUAACAGAAGAACAUUAUUUAAUAAAUCCUGAUACUGGCGAAAAAGACUGUAAGACAGACUCAUUGGCUCUCAGCAAAAGCGGCAGGUAUUUUGUUGUUAUUGAAUAUAAACGAGACGAAUCGCUUGAAUUGUAUGAGCAAGCAGCAGAGUAUAUAAGUUGCUUGAAAGACACUAAAAAUCCUGAAUGUAUUCAUAACGAACACGAAUUAAUAAGAAUUUGUAUUGCUACCGAAGUUCACAAAAGACUACGACACCACCAACGACCUGACGAGCAAAAGGAUGAGAAUAUAAAAAUAAUAGAAAUAAAAUUUUACGACGAUAGAAAAAUUUUGUAUAUUGAUACUAGUAAUUUACCAGAAUGGUUAACCAUUGCUUCUAACAGAAAAGACAUCAAAGAGAAGGGCAAACUUUCAGGUGGCACAAGUCAAACUAAUGCCAAUAUUUCGGAUGAAGCAGAAAAGUGGUUAGCGGAAGUAGAGAAUUCUAUUUUCUCCCUUAAACCAUUAGAAAGGAGUGAUUGGAAAAAGGGAAAUCUUCAUAGGAUUAGCCCUCAGGAAAUUUCUCAAAUCUUAGAAAGCCUGUUGGAUAAGUAUGGUAUCCGUUAUAGUGAAAAAGAACAUGGAGUUGGUAAUAGCUAUUGGUAUUUCUCAAUCGAGAGUGAAACUGCUUUAAAAGAAUUAAAAAACUUUUUUCAAGAAUAUAGAGAAAAAUUUCCUGAAAGUAGCGAAAUGCUUAAAUAA